UCUUAGGAUGUCCUGUCAACUCUGGCUCUGAGGGGACAGGACGGGGGAUGAAUGAGGGGAGGAAAAGGCUUCAUCUAGUCUGCCUAAACUAAGCACAGAUUCUCUACUGACCCCAGAGCCAGUACGGUCUUCUUGCUCCUCCAAGCCACAGCUAGCUUCCCAAGCAGGCAGACCAGGAAAACCACCUGCGCUGAGGGACCUUCCCUCACCACCCAUCAUCUAUUGCCAGGCACUCCGCUUCGCAGCACAUCAAGAUACUACCAUGAACGAACACGACUUCCACAACUCCUCAUUUAAUUUCUUCAAUGGCACGCCCUGGUUCGUAUACGAAUGCACCAUCAACCUGGAUAAAGACUAUCGGCGGAUCGCCCUGUUCCUACUCUAUCUGCUGCUGUUCAUGGUGGGGCUGGCUGAGAACACCCUCGUGGUGUGGGUCAACUGGCGCCGGCGCCACUCGGCCAAUGGCGUCUUGUUCUGUGUCAUCAACGUGAGCCUGUCGGACCUGAUGGUGGUUCUAAUGAUGCCCUUCUUCAUGCUGGAGGUCACCAUGGACAAGGUGUGGCUGUGGGGCCGCUUCCUGUGUAAAGUCACCCACCUCAUCUACACAGUCAACUUCUACAGCAGCUCCUUCUUCCUGGCCUUCAUGACCCUGGAGCGCUACCUGUCCCUGUCCAGGCCCUCGUCUCCCGCCUGCUUCCCCGUGGCCAGACCUCGCCGCUGGCUACUCUGUGGUGGUCUCUGGCUCUUCUCCCUGUUCCUGGCUCUGCUGGAGAACUUCCACAUGGACCUGCUGGAGUGGAACGAGCCCGGCUGCUACAUGCUGCCAGACUACAUUGAGUGGUUCGUCUCCAUAUCCUUCCUCUGCCUCAUCUUCCAGUUCCUGGUCCCAGUCUCCGUCAUCAUCACCUGUAACGUGCUGAUCGCCCGGGCGGUGCGCUCCGCUCCAGACGUGCAGGGAAGACGGGAUGUGUGGCUGGUGCAUGUGUACUCCCUUGUGUUUGUCCUCUGCUGGCUGCCAUACCACAUGGUCAUGUUCCUGAUAAUGGUGGAUGAUCUGGACCCUCACGUGUUCAGCUGCAACACAGUGGAGCUGCUCUACUUCUCCUUCAGUGUGGUCCAGUGCCUGUCCCUGUUCCAUUGCAUCGCCAACCCAGUCCUCUACAACUUUCUCAGCAAGAGCUUCCGCAACAACCUGAUCAACGCUGUGGUCCACUAUACACCCAGGGAGAACCCAGGAGGGUUGAAUCCCCAAGAAACUGCGCCCAAAGCAGGAGGACCAGACACGGGGAAGACGGAACGCAAGCUUAGCAACAUGAGUACCAGCCAUUCUGACGUUGCUGCCUCGUAGAAAAAGGAAGCAUCACAGUGUCACAUUGAGACUUAACUAGCCAUCAUCACUGAAGGACAAUGGAGGAAAGAAAAGAAAAUCACUUCAGAACUGUUACUGAAGCGUGUGCUGCUUUCAGAGGCUAAAAGACAGGGCACAAGACAAGAAGCCUCCUGACAGUCUCUGCUGUUUAUGACCAGAUUGUCCACCCUACUUCCAAAGGUUGCACUUGCACAUUCCCUGUCAUGGAUUUUUAAGGAUUUGAUUAGUGUAAGCAAUGCCUGGAGGGAGUUUCCAUCAUUGUUAAAUCCAAGACAGGGAGUGUGCAAGUGCAUACUUUUGGAGAAGUGUGGAGAUUAGAGAUGCAGCCUUGGUCAAUAAGCAAUAGUCAUGUAAAUUAUAGGCUGACAAACACUGUGUCCCUCUCAUAAUCUGUCUCCCAUUUUUCUCACCAUCCUGAUUUUCAGCCCAUCAAUGUUGUAAACAGAGGAAGGAAGGAAACAUUUACAGAUUAUUUUCCAUCUUUAAACUCCCACAGGAACUUAUGUCUAGGAACUUCUGGAGGACAGAAUUGCAGUCAUUACGUCACAGGGUGAAGAGGAAUGCUUCCUCGCAAACAAACAUUUUCCUCUGUGCAACGCAGAUAAGAUUGAUCCUUAUAACUACUGAGUAUAAAAAACUUGUAAAAAUGUUGAAAUGUAACUGAUAAAUAUAAAAAAAUGUGAUUACACAAACGUAUAUACAUGUCUUAAUUUCCACACAGUAACAUCCAUAUUUAACAAAUGUUCUGAUUUGUAUUUAACGAUAUAUUUUUAAAGCUACUGAAUUUGGAAAUGUGUUGGAUGCUGAAUGAUGUCACCUGUUACAUUCAAUAAAAGUAUUUCAAAUAGAA